AUGCUGAUGUUCGCAUCUCCGCACCGCGCCGCCGCCGCGUUCCGUGUGCCGCUUGCGUUCUCGCAGAGCGAAGAUUCGCUCGGUGCAUUAACUCCUUCCUCCGCCCACGGGGCGAGCGGCAGAGCCCGCGGCCCCCCACCCCCCGCACCGCGCAACCGCCCUCCCGGCCAAACCCUUCGCAACGAGCCUCCCGUAAGCAGAGACGUGUCUGAGUCCCCCCGUGCUCCCCCCGCUCCCCUCCGCUACGACCAGCCGGUCCCGCCGCCCGGCACAGCUCCGCAGCCGCUGUGGUGCUGGCUCCUGGCUGCGGCAGCCAGCGCGGCUCCGACACCAACUUUCCGUGCGUGGCGGAGCGGAGCGGAGCAUCCCCCGCCGCGGCCGCGGGAAACGGGGCCGGCCAUGCUGGGUCCGGCAGUGCGGCUGGCACUGGGCGCGGGGGAACUGGUGCCGGCGGCCGCGGGGCUGCCGGGCCGGCUGCUGGCCCUGCUCUGGCCGGCGCUGGUGUUGGGGGCGGCCGCGCUGCUGCUCCGGCGCCGGCUGCGACGCGGCCGGGCCGCCGGGCAGGCGCGGGAGGAGGAGGAGGAGGAGGAGGAAGAGGAGGAGGAGGAGGAGGAUGGCUCCGCCGGCACUCGGGCGGCCGGGGCGCUGCCGCCGCGGCAUCUGGAGGAACAAAGACGCACGGUGCAGGUUCCAGUGAAUGGCCAGCUUAUAAGACCAGCCAAUACCAAAGAGAAAAAGCUCCUCAAGCCUAAGAAGAAGAGAAAAGCCCAGUAUUCAGAAAAGAAGAUACCCAAAGACUUGCUUUCUGUGGAAAGAGACAAACUGCAAGAGGAGGAAGGAGUUUGGCAGACCAAGAUCAGCAGUCGAGAAAAGAGACACUUAAGGAAGGAGAGGCUGAAACAAAAAGACCCCAGCAGAGCAUUCCUGGGUACCUCGGCAGUUCAGCCAGCCUUUGACUGGAAUGGGAAAGCAGCAGUGUGGCCAGUCACAAAGGACACUAGUGGUGGUGGAAAAGCUGUUCUUGUUGCCAAGACAGAGUGUGGGACUGUACUGAAGGCCUCAGGAAACACACGGGAAGAAUCAGCAACCUCCCGAUCAGAAGAGGAUGUUUUCUCCAACAUAGGAACAUGGGAUAUUGCAGAAGUACAAUCUUGUCCUGUGACCUUUGGGACAUUAUCAGAGUUGUCCAGGGAAUUAGAUAAUGUGAAGACUAAGUCAUCUGAGGACAGUCCUUUCAAGUGCUGUUGGCACACCAGCUCAACUUUCCUCCCCACAGACGAUGCGUGGCAGGGACAGGAUGAUCCUUCAGCAAUCGACCUAGACUCUGACUGGAAGGCUCCCACAGAAGAAUGGGGAAACUGGACAGGAGAUGAGGAGCAUCAGACAGGGGACAAGAAGGAGAAGGAUUUGACAAAAGGCAAAGCAGGCAUUCAUUUCUGCCUUUCUGGACUUGAAAGCAAAACACAAAGGAAGAAGAAGAAAAUUGAAGUGAAGGAAGCAAGGGGCGGAGCUGGACUGAGGCUUCCCCAGCAAGGUUUGGAAACAAGCAUGGAAGAAGGCCCAAGGGACUUGAUACCUACAAAAGAUGUCAGUGAUGGAGUCUGUGCUUCCUUCAAAAAAUCCUUGGACAUUGCUAAUAAUUCACCCAGUAAUGAUGUAUCUGGAAAAAAGGAGAGGAGGAAGAGGAAGAAAAUGAAGAAGGAGACUUGAGGGAGCUGUGCAGCUGCCAGAAUGACAACCCAAAUGGGCAGGCAUGCCAAUGAGCUGCAAGGAUUCUGCUUUCUGCGAUGCCGUUCUGAGCCCAAAGUAAAGAGGCUCCAGGAGACCUCCCAGUGGGAGGAAGAGAAGAGGAGCAGUGAGCCAGAGAGUAUGAGUGUGUGAGAGGACAGUAAGAAUGAACACACUGUGCACAGAAGAUGGCAUUGAAACAGUGUGCCUGUUCAUUACAAACUGCUGCCCUUGAUUAAAAGCUGUUGAAUGGGUUUUGACUGGUUGCAUUAAGUCGUUUCAGUUUUUCACUGUCAUGUUGUUUGUCAGCUUGUGAUGUUAUAUGCCAUUGCAGAAAUGAUUGGGACAUACCUGACCAUGAUUGUCCUUCAUUUCCAUGGAGAGUCCACCAGCUAGUCUGGUCUCCUCUGGCAGUUUUGCAGAGGUACUCAUUAACAGGCUAGUAAUGUACAGAAGGAAGCAUUGUUCAGAGACCAGGGGAGAAUAUCAUGGAUUGUCCUUAAGCCUCCCAAAUAUUUUAAAUCCUUGUUGGCUGCUGCAGUCAGCUUUUUGCCUCAUAUCUUGACAUAUUCACACUUUUUACCCCGCAUCAGGCUACUUUGCUCUGCAAAUGAAAAUAUUAAAGGAGGUUUUAAAGUUAUUUGGAAAGAUGAUCUAAAGCCUUUUAUUCUCCUCAUAUUUCCUGAUGGGCUAAAUUUAAAGUCUAUAUGUCCAAAGCAUGUCUCAUUUGUACUUAUAGUAGACUGAAACAGCUUUUUGAAAUAUUUUUUUCUUAAUCUGAUGUUUGGAAGUUUUGGUCAUUUUGUUAGAUUUUCUAAUAUAAAUGAAAUCUGUGAAUGACAUUUUUGUAAAUGUAAUUUUAGUAUUUACUGAACAGUGUGUAUUUGUCAUUUUAGGAGGGCCUAUUAUACGGAGGAGGGAAUGUGCUGCAAUUGAAUCUUGUGGUUUAUAAGUAACGCUAAAGCUGACACCACUAAGAGCUGAGCUCCUUUAUCCCAGAGGAGCUGUAGCUUUGGUGAUAGCUGUCAGGAUUUCCUCAGAGGGUCCUGAGACUAUGCCCCCCACCUGACCCAUCCUAGAAGUGCUGCCUCGAAGGAUGAGAUAGUGAUUGUCAGAUCUCCAUCUGCAUUAGACUUUGUGCCUUUGGAGACUGUGUGGGAAGAUGAUGUUACAAAUGAUUGUUAAAUGUAUGCAUGCUCCAUUUGUAGGCAUUGGGCUGAUGCUGUGAAACUCCUUUCACACAGGACACUGAGUAACCAGGGGCGUUAAUGGCUUUAAAGGCUCUAAAGCGCUACGGCAGAGGUCUGUGCUCCUGCCAUCAUAGCCAUGCAGUCCCUGAUGCUGGCUUGUCUGAGCUUUUCGCACCCCAGCACUUUCACCUGAUAGCCUUCCUCUGUUGCAUAGCUGUCAGAGUGGCUGUAUCCUUUAGAGAGGCAAUUAAUUGCAGCAAUGUGUUUGUGCUUGGAACAGGGCAGUUCCCUUUUGUUGCCAUUUUUGGGCUAUCUGGCUGUGCAGUGUGCCCUAAAAUUUAUCACGGUUGGACUCUUCCAGAUAUACAAGUGAGGGGGAAUCUUAACUGCCGCUUAGCAGCCCACUGUCUAGAAUCUGCUUAUCUUAGUGUUUGUGUGUCAGUGUAAGGGAAAUAAAAGGCAGAUUAUCAAUGGACUACAUAGACCAAAGAGCUUUUAUCUGGAAAGUAACAGGUUUGGAGCAGAUGCAUAACAAGAAAAUAUAUGGCCUCGCUGGAGAAACAAGUACGGCAAGUUCAAGGGUUUAGAAGAUGUGUUAAUGAGUAUGUGGGUAAAGUUCUGCUGUCUCUGAAGCCAGUGGAAAACAUUCAUUGACCUCAUUGGGGCCAUGAUGUUGCCCAAGGUCUUUGUUUAGCAUUGAAGAUAAUGACUAUCAUUAAAAAAAAACAAACGAUGAAGGAGAUAAAGAGGAGCUCGCACGAUUGGUAGAUUCAAGAUUGAUUCUGCUCUGUUCUCUGUAUCUGCUUGCAAACUUUGAUGUCUGUGUAAUUACGUUUUAUUUCAACAUAUUAAAAUAUUUUGAAUGUUUA